CUAGAAUUCCAUUCGAUGCGCGCAUCGCAUCUCCUGUCGCUCGUUCCCACUCAGCGUGACUCUCGAAGAAGUACGCGUGAAGACCAGGACUACGAAUCAUCAUGAAUAACAGAGCUCAGCGGGUCUGUUCAGCUCGCAAGUGGCCAUAGUGUUGUCCCAAACACCUCGGGUUCUACGAAUGGAUCUCAUGAUGGCUGUGCCUUCGCUUGACUGUGCGGCAUAUUAUGAACCUGCAUCGCUCACUCGUCACAAACCCUCCCCGCCAUCCGUUGAUCUCAGCGACUUCGACUAGUGAUGCUCGCAUACUGCAAUUAGGUGCACCCGUCAUGGACCCGGGGUCCUCUUUCUUCUGUGGCUUCAUUCCACCUCCGCUGGGGUUGUCAUCCGUCCAUCAAGAUACUUUGUCCCUCGCGACUGUGAUCGGCUGUGCUACCGACAAAUCUAGCCACAUUUCCCUAUACAGUAGUCAAGCCAAAGUCUCUGUUCAUGCUUAUCUUGUAUCAAAUUCAAACAAGGAAUUUGCAAAAAAAGUAUGGAUAUGCUUACCAGGUGAUGUUCUCAAGCAGCUGUUCUCGGGUAAGAGGAGACAGCUUCAGUUACCACGACCCCAGACGGAAAAAGCAGGUGCAUCAGGAUCAAGUAAUGAUAUUGAAAGCAGAGGUUCACGGCUGGACUCUCAAGAUCAUUUUAAAACUGCCAUCAAUCUCCACGGCUUGGACGACAUACUUGUGGUGGUCCCGAACGUGCGAGAUGUGGAUGGAAGCCUCAUCCCUCCAUCAGAGUACUCAAAGCGAUCGGAAAACUUUACUCCAGUGGCGGUGGAAGCCCUGUUGCGACUGCGGGUUCGAUCGACGUAUUGAGUACUUACUGAAGCACACAUAGCUAGACUUUCCGGACCCUCAGAGGACAAGCGGUUCACAGGUUCACUCAUAUACCAGGCUUUUUUGAGGUCUGUUGGAGCUGAAGAAAGAUGCUGUAUCAAGUGUCUACGACAUAGCGGGAGACGACAAAGAGAGGAUGGUGACGAAGGGAGAAUAUUUUAAUACCAAACUCUAACGAGGUCUCUGAACGGUGUUCUGCUGUUGACAGAGAGACAAAAACUUUGAAAGCUGUGUUGUACAAGAGCAUCAAUGAGCUCGAGCGUCGUGCUAAAAUGGAGUCGGGGAGUGGGCGCGUACUAAUAGUACAAUGAGCUUACGCAAAUUGCAAUGUAGACAUAGUACUGGCCGCCACAUCAAAGCAACAUAACUUUGCAACACCAUCAUCAACCACUUACAUAGUCCCAAUCA